GCGGGGCUUAGUGACGUCACAUAUGAGCAGCAAGACACUUUUGAAAGGUGCAGAAGGAUGGGUACGUGAAGCACAUCUCUCGCGGCUCGAAGCAAAGCAACACGGAUAUUACCGUUCUUACUAGCCUAGCUGUUGCUUUACAAGUUAUCAAAGUUUAGUAUUUCACCGUCCAUCAACAAUGGCCGCUUACAUGACUGUUGUGUAUUCAUGUGCAGUACUUUGUAUAGUAGCGUUUUCUACCGUCAACACACAGACGACCCAAUCUCUGAACGGAACACAACCCUCAACUUCGGACGUGGAUACAGAAGAUGGAAUGAUUUUAGAAAAGAGCAUGGAUGUUUUAUUUGAUAUGGUGAAAGGAUUUCUCGAGACCGUACAACCGAAAAAAGUAUCCGAGUUACAAUGGCUGAAUAUAUCCCAAGUUGUGAAAGGAAACCUUCCAGAGGAAAUGAAAGAAUGGAAAAAUUACACAGAUUACUUGGUUGGCUUUGCUGUGUGUUUCGUUGUGGGCAUCCUGUUCUGCAUCAUCAUGCCUUUCGUUGGCUGUUGUUUCUGCUGUUGUCGCUGUUGUGGCAAGUGCGGCGGGAGGAAGAAGGAGAAGGAUCCGAAACGAGCAAAGUGCAAGCGUGUCUCCUACUGCACUAUCAUGCUUAUACUCAACACUAUCAUGCUAGCUGGAGUGGUGUGUGCCUUUGUCACCAACGAUCUCUUUCACCGAUAUCUACGAAACGAAGACAACAAAGGGCUUGCAGGGAGACUUGGAAAGGCUUUCACUGGAUUUGACAACUACGUUGAAGAAACAAUGAAUGAUGUUCAAUCUAGGGCACUGGGAGCUUUUGACACAACAAGAACCACUCUGGUUAGAGAGAUCAACACUACAGCAGGCAGUGCAGUCGACAGAGUGGCUGAUCUGGUCAAUGCCUCAUCACUGAUUCAACAGGCUGGAAAUCUCAGUAAAAAUGUUAAUGCCACCCAGAAGGAUUUGACAGAUGUUGCUACUUACCUGGUCAGUCUCCAGCGUGAUGGGACAGACCUCACUGCACAACUGAAUGCAAUCAAGACCAACUUGACAUCAACCUGUACCAGCCAAGCUUGUAACACACUGGAUUUUUCACAGUAUGAGACAGAUGCUAACUUCAGUAGUCUGAACGACCUUUCUGCAGAAGCAGGCAAUGUGUCAAGGAGUCUUGACAUGCAGAAAUUCAUUGAUCAGGCGAAGGACACCUUAGAUCAAGCUAAGAGGAAUGCUACUGCGGAGAUCCAGGGUCAGAUUAACAAUUCGGUGAACACGCUGGACAACAUCCGCAGUAACAUUGAGAAACAGAUUGGUGAUUUCAGGACUCAGUUCAAUCAGACUACAAAAUUUGCAUCCAAUGCAAUGAAGACUCUGAAUGAGACCACAAGCCCAUCUAUGAUGCAAUAUUAUGACUAUGUGUGGUACGCGGGUAUCGGUGUGAGCAGUGUCUACCUACUGAUUGUGCUUUGCUACUACCUGGGGGUACUGUUUGGAAUGUGUGGGGAGCGACCGGGCUACGACGCCCCCUGUUGCAACAAGGGCAUUGGAGCCAACUUUCUAAUGGCCGGCGUGGGCUUCAGCUUCAUCUUCUCCUGGCUGCUGAUGCUGCUGGUCACCCUGUUCUUCAUCGUUGGCGGUCCUACCUUCACCGAGUUCUGCCGCUACUUUGACGCCCAUGACCCCAGUCAAAUCAGGUUUAUCAUGGAUCCACUGAGCCAACAGUUCAACUUGUCGCAGACCCUGUACAAAGAUCCUUCAGUGAAAUUUGAUCUGGUCAAGGUGCUGGAUGAUUGUAAACAGAACAAAGCUGUGUACAAGGCGCUGAAACUAGAACACGUGUUCAACCUGUCGUCAUUGAUUAAUCUCAAAGAUGUGGAUGCAAGAAUUGAUGAAAUAGCUGCACAGAACUUCACCUUACCUGAAAUUUCUUUGAUCAGUCCUGAACUUAGAAAUAGGAUUGAUGAUUUUGGCCAGUCAGGACUCGACAGGAUUGAUUUUGCUUCAUUUGAUAAUCAGCUGAAUAAGACUAAUAAGAAACUAACGAGCACUAACCUGACCGAGGCAGCUGGACAAUUGGAAAGUGCUGCAAACACAGCUACUGAUCAGACGCUUCAGGGAGUGCUUCGUGCUAACGCUCAAGCUCUGAAAGAAUUGCAUACUACUUACGUUCACAAUAUGACUGCAAAUGUGAACAAUCUGAAGAGGGCCCUUAAUUCCCUGAAGACUCACAGGAAUAUAGCAAACCUUACGCUAGACCUUGUAGCCAAUUUAAAUGCUUCACAAGUCACCUUCAAUACUCGGCGCAAUGGUUUAGUGAAAGAGGUGAUAGUUAAUCUGACAGCAUCCCUGAAGUCCACAACACGGUCCACUGUCGACGAUCUCAUCAAUACGGUGGAGAACAAUGUAGGCCGAUGCAAGCCUGUGUAUGAUUCAAUCUAUCAAGCCACAGACUCCAUCUGUAUUGCUGGGCUCAAUCCACUGAAUGGCCUGUGGUUCAGCUGGGGCUGGUGCAUCUUCUUCUUCAUCCCCUGCAUCAUCUUCGCUGUCAAGCUUUCCGGACUCUACCGCCGUGAAGAGGAGUACUCCCCCGAGAAGGACUUUGAUGACCAAAACUUCUCCAUGUAUGGCGGCAACCAAAACGACACCAUUCCACUGACCAGUAUGGAUUCCCGGAACGGUGGUGCUGGAAAUGCUGGGGGUGCCGGAUACCCGGGUGUUGCCAACUCCGGGUACCACGCCUACGAUGACCGAGGCCGGCACUCCUCCCACUCCAACGGCUACGGUCAAAAUGCGGGCUACCCAGGUAGCAAGGACAUGCCUCCCCCUGCCUAUGGUGGUAGGCAUUCAUCCUAUCCCCCCACUUAUGACUCUGACUAUCGCUCUCACCAGAAGCCACAGCCUAAUUACCCCAUGCGUUACUAAUACCAACCGAACUGGUAAAGAAUUCCAUCCUCCAAAAUAUUGAAGAUGUCAUAAUCUGGUUGCCAUAGUUACGGAAAUCCAGGCAGACCAGUUCUUAGAUACAGCAAGUCGAUUCAGUUGCCUUCGUCCAUCAACUUUAUGCAAUGAAGUCCCCAUUUUACUGGAUGUGACAAUCACAGGAUUCAUCAAAACAACCCUGGUUCAGUUACCAUGGUUAUGGAGAUUAUGUCAAAAUAAUGAUGAGAAGUUUGAAAAACACCAGUUGUUAAAUUCUACCUUUCCGAUGUUAUUACCAGAAUCGUGCCUCACAACAGUGACCAUUUUCAUAACUCCUACAACAGCAAGAGACUGAAGAGUGAAGCAGUGCCUCAACAUGUCAAGGAUUAUUUUCUACUCAUUUAAACUCAGUACCUUGAUGCUUUGUCUAUAGCCUUUCAUGAUUUGGAAUAUUUACAUGAUUUCAGAAUUUAUCGACUCUUUGGAAUGUAUUUAUGACAUAUUUUAUAACCUUCUUUUCUUCAAGGUUUGAUUACUUUGUUACAGUUGUCUCUUUUGUCUAUUUUCUGAGAGCCCGAUGACUCUGUGAGACUUAACUGUGUCUAUUAAAAUGUUCUCAUAGAAUAAUACAAAUUGAGUGACCUCUUGCAGAUAUCUUACGGCACCACCUAUUGGUCCAGAAACACAAGCUUGUGUAAUUAAAGGGUUGAUCUCUUGCAGAUAUCUUACGGCACCACCUAUUGGUCCAGAAACAGAAGCUUGUGUAAUUAAAGGGUUGAUCUCCUGCAGAUAUCUUACGGCACCACCUAUUGGUCCAGAAACACAAGCUUGUGUAAUUCAAGGGUUGACCUCUUGCAGAUAUCUUACGGCACCACCUAUUGGUCCAGAAACACAAGCUUGUGUAAUUAAAGGGUUGAUCUCUUGCAGAUAUCUUACGGCACCACCUAUUGGUCCAGAAACACAAGCUUGUGUAAUUAAAGGGUUGAUCUCUUGCAGAUAUCUUACGGCACCACCUAUUGGUCCAGAAACACAAGCUUGUGUAUUUAAGGUGGUUUUGCAGAAUUGUUUGGGGCCCAUUUCCAGACCAGCUCUGUAUGUUGCAAUUACUGCUGUUUGAAACCGAGUCAUUGCCUUUAUGGCACAAGGAUAACCUUUAACUGUUAGAUCCAUAUAUACAACUCAAAAGAAGUUAAAGAAGACACAUUUUUUUCAUGUGACAAGAGUUAAUCUGUCAUGUUACAUAUAAAAUGUUACAUGAAAUGAGGAGGGUUAGUAAAAUAUGAUUAGUCCUAACACCAGUCUCACCGCCCCCCUCCCUCCCCCUAUAAUAAAUUACCAGUCCCUAAUGUUGUAAUGCACUCAGUGAACGCUAUAUGUCAACUUAGACUGCAAUGAUUCAGAUGAUAAACCUUUAUAUUGACGGGCACAGUUCAGGUAGUCGGGCAGUAAGAGUGUUAGUCUGUACCAUAUCAACAGGUUCAAUUCCACGUCAGAGAUACUCAAUUCCUGGCUUCCUUGCCAUUGUAUGGCUGCAAUAGUGUUUCAAUCGAUGCAAAUCCCUUUCAUUCCUCAUCAUGUGUAUAAUUCAAAGUAUGGUUCAUUGUCAUAGACAGCCAGACUUGUAUUUGUCAUAUCUUCAUUGAAAAAAGUUGUAAAUUAUCAAUAAGUCAGAUGUUCUCAAAAACAUUUCAAAAUAUAUUUUGCAAUAUUGACUACCCAGCAGACACUACAGUUUGUAUUGUAUAUUGUCAUCAGUUAGCAUUGUUUCCCAAUACAUUACACACAUGCCGAACACAGCAGAACAUACAUAGUUAUUAUACUGAGUUUGUGUAUGACAGUAUCCUCCUAUACGUAAUGCCCUGCUGGUGUUGGGAUGUUGCAUGACUGCAAGGUUCUCUUAGGAUGAAAAAAAAAAAUCUUUCUCGGGCACAUUUUUCUCAAAACUGAAGCGGGUAGGGAUAUUUUUGAUUUUUGUAUUGAAAAGAAAAGUGAUAAGAGAGGAACCUCGCCAAAGAGCCCCAACACCACCCCCCACUCCCACCACACACCCCACUCCCACCACCAAGCAUACACAACUAGAAACACAUUUUACCAAUAGUUUAUGCAAUGAAAAUUGUCAAGCAAGUUUGGACAAGGGAGUAUGCUUCAGAUGAUGUGGGGAAUUUGAAAAUAUUUCUUUUUUGGGCAAUAUAAAUUAUGUGACAUGGGGAUGCCCGAGAGAGAUCUUCUUGUAUUGUUCGCCUUUCAGUACCAGUGCGUGCAUGAGGUUGUGAGUGCCAUUUAUGUACAGAUUGAGAUAACGUCAUAAUGAUGUUUGGUUGAUUUCUCAUAGUCCUCACUGUGUUCAUGCUUUGUGAAUCAGAAUAGCUAUUUGACCCCAAAGGAGGUCUGUCUCUGUAGUAACUAGAUUAUUAAAUACCUGAUUUGACAAUUUCUGAAGAAUUAUUUUGAACCCAAGGAACUGGAACUUUAAGAGUCUGAUGAUAUGUAAUGGGGUGUACAGGACAGUAUUAGGAUAUGACGGUAAGGCUGCCUAAUUCUGAUAAUGUUAUAUGCACAGCCAUAAAUUACAUUUUGUAUUAGGGGCACAGGUGGCCCAAUCGUCUAAGGUUUGUCAGCACCAUACCCGUGCUUCUGGGUUUCAGGUGGUAAACGUCCUGUAUCACUUCAGGCUUCCCUCCCUCUAGCCGACAUGCAGAGAUGCAACGUAAAUACUGUAAACAGUAAACCAGCUCACUCAGUAAACAUGAAAGAAACGUGCAGGUACGCGUAUGUAUUGUACAUUACUCAAAAGAAGUUAAAGAAUACCCGAUUUUCGUUAACCAAGAGUAGUAUAUAUCACUUCUCAAAUGGCUGUCUCUCAUUGGACAAGAGACUCCAUCUGUCCUUCAAGUUGCAUAUCAUUGGACAGUGUCUCGUUUCCAUGGAUACUGAAUUAAAGUACCAGUUCUUCUUUUAGGUUCUGUAUAGACCUCUUUAGAGCAUUUGCUUGCCAACGCUUAUUUACAUUCUUCAUGAAAAUAUGUUUUGUAUUCAAGAUGUUCUGCAGUGAUUGAAUUCUGUUCUAUCUGUACCAGUGUUUUACUUUAUUCAGCUUUAGAUGGUUCAACCUUGACAAACAUCUAGACUGCCCGUGUUCACUUUUAGGUUAUUUCUUCCUUGUGCGCGUUGUUUUCACACUGGUAUUUGCUUUUGUUGGCUUCUCUUUUUUGAAGUGGGUUUACGUUCAGAGUUCUCAUGUAAUACAGAGAACAAGUAUGCAUAAUGUUUUACUUGCGUCCACUGAUACACUGGUUGUGUGGAGUCAGAUGGGUGUCAGGCUGGUUCCUUAUGUCUUGUAAUUAAUAAGUUCCUGCAUUGUAUUCAGAGCGAAGAUUGUGGUCCUGCUUGUAAAGCUGUAUUAUUUAUGCUCAGUGUACAGAGUUGCAUCCCUUAGCUGUGUCAGGAUCCACUGGUCAUGAGAUUCUCCUCAAAUGAUCACACUUGUGGAUUUCACCGAAGCCUACUUCACUCGAGCACUGAAGCAGUACUCACUGGUACUCUGGUUUCGGGAGACCCGAUCACAUAGAAAGACAUCAUCUGACGGUUUCCACUUGUCAUUGUGCAUCUUUCAACAAGUACAACCAAGCAUGGAAUAGGGCAACAUGUGACACAUCCACUUACCAGUGUGCAAUUUUAUUUUCAGUGUGUUUCUACCACUAUCAAUGAACACUAUACAAACAAAUCCAACUGUUUUUUAUAUACGCCAAGCCUGAUAGUGAUGGUUAUAAAUACAAAAAUGGUUUCCCUGCCUAAGACAAGUGGUGGUACAUGCUCAAUGAGUCAAUGACCUGUAAUUGUUUGCUCAAAUACUAUUCAUAUCUUCAUGCCCGUAUAACUAUGAGAAUUCUUUUUCUCUCCAGAUAACUGAAAGGGGAGUUGUCAUGGAUAGCAUGGUGAUUAUAGAAUGCAGGGGAAAUAAUGCCUUUUUCCAUGUAAAAAACUGAACUUUAUUUUUCGCACAACUUUUUCACAUGGAAAUAGUUGUUCAUUAAUUUGGAACUUGAGGGUGAUAAUGGAAGAAACACACUUAGAAUCAUGAAUGACUGAUGAGCAAUUUGAUCCCAAUAUUGUCCAUAUUAUCCUGGAAUCAAAUUGCUCUUGAUUAUGUGUCCAAAAUAUGUCAAGGUGUACAUAGAUAGGAGAGAAAUUUUGUAUGAACAUUAUGGUGUAAAUAUAUGCAAGUGCCUUAAGUAGGUAUGCAUUCUAAUGACAAAACACAACCGAAUUUUGAUGUAACAUCGACAUUCCAGGAAUGUUAACAUUAAAACAAAUCUUUAAAAAUUCAAAUACCAAAGUUUUUUUUCCACAAUCAGACAGGUUUGUUAUAAAUUGUUUGUUAUUCAUAUUUUAAAUAACUUAUUUCAAUGUCAGACACAUGGGAGUUUGUUCUUUGAAACAAAGAACGUCUGUUUUGUUGACAUGAUGACCUGGUCCAUUUUGUUGUUAACAUUCCUUUACAUCAGGGAGGAAAAUGUGUACAUAAUGGAGAAAGUAAGUUUAUUUCCUCAUAUUGAAAUCAUGCCCUAAUGCUUAUUAGCAAUGCAUUUCAUACAUUCAAACAUCACAUCAUUUCAUUAACAGAGAAUCUAUUAUUCAUUUUGGAUUAUAUUGAACUUUCCUUUCUUGCUUAGAAACAAACAUCUAAAUAACCUGUUCUAUUUGGCAAUACAUUUCUUGUUGUACAGUUCAUAUAAAGUAUACACUGUUAUUGUUGUUUCAUGUGGUUAUUUCUCUUUAGUUUUAAUACUCUGUUGAAAUUUAUCAUUUUUUAAAUAAAUAAAAGUUAAAGUUAGAUUUUGAAAAUGUUGAUGUAAAUAUUGUUUGAAUGUGAACAAUAUGUGCCUUUAACCUAUGGGUGAUUGGAGCAGAGUUUCCAAAGCGCAGUUAUUGAAAGUUUGCCUCUAACCUAGGGAAAUGAUCAAGCCAGAUGAAUUUUGUUCUCCAGAUUUAGCAUGAUUCAUAAUGGUCAUGCCAUUUGUAAAGUAGAAAGAUGAUUUAUUAUUUUAAUAAGUUUUCAUAAUAUAUAAAUGGAUGUGCAGUUUAUUUUAAAUUUGCUGUGAAAUAGUUCGGUUGUUAGAAAAUUAGCAGAUAUUGAAAGAUAUAUUUGGUAUGCAACAAAACGAUAUUUUGAUAUGAUUUACUUUUUGAUGGCCCUUGUAUAACGUUUAAGGAAGUAUGUGAUGAUUUCGUCAGUAUUUUUGCAUGCCAUGUGUAUCAUAUCAAAGAUGUAUAUUUGUACUGGAAAUAAAAUAUUGUUAUAUGCUUUUUUUUCUUUUUUAAUCAAAAGAUACUAAAAACCCUUGAUCCCACA